CCAUAUUUGGAUAUCUUAUUACAUAUACAAAAGUUAAACAAAAUGAAUAAAGAUUAUUGUCACCUUUCAUACAAAAAAUACAACUUUAUACUAGGGAUCAGCAUUUGGUACCGGGUACCGGUAUCAAAUCAUACCGGGUAUAUUCGGUACCGGUACCCACUUUCUCCGUUUUUUGGUACCGAUACAGUAUCGGUAUUUACGGGUAAAACACUGAUACCGGUAUAUUCGAUAACGGUACCCAUUUUCCUGUAUUUGACUACCGAUACCGAUUCAGUACCCGUACCGUGCUCGUGCUCGUCCCUACUUUAUACCAGUCAAGAGUCCUACUGAUACUAUUGGUGUCAUUCAUCCCCAAACUAUAUCACAUCCUCUACCAGUAGCUAAGCACCACUGUGUUGCUUCCAUUUCCAUUUCUAUUUCGACUGCAAAUUCACCUAACAAACACAAUAGCAAUCACAAAUCAGAUCGGAUCCAAGUAGAAUCGUAAGCUUUGAUGGAUCAGGAAUCGGGUUGGGAAGAACUGAGGAAAGAAGCUCGUAAGAUCGAAGGCGAUCUCGAUGUCAAACUCUCUUCUUACGCAAAGCUCGGUGCUCGUGUCACUCAAGGAGGUUUUGCUGAUCCUGAUACACCAAGUAUGGGCUCCAACCGUUCAUGGAAGUCGAUGGAGAUGGAAAUACAGUCGUUACUUGAGAAGUUGCUGGAUGUGAAUGAUUCCAUGAGUCGAUGUGCUGCGUCUGCAGCACCUACUACUUCUGUUACGCAAAAGUUGGCGAGGCACAGGGAUAUACUUCAUGAGUUUAGCCAGGAAUUUAGACGAAUCAAAGGAAACAUAAGCGCGAUGACAGAGCAUGCUGAGCUCCUAAGUUCUGUAAGAGAUGAUAUCAGUGAGUACAAGGCAUCUGGAAGCCCAAGAAUGCAGAUACUAAGGGAGCGAGCUGCUAUCCAUGGAAGCAUAGCACAUAUGGAUGAUGUGAUAACUCAGGCUCAAACAACUAGAGCAGCCUUGGGGACUCAGAGGGCCAUGUUUGGUGACGUUCAAGGGAAAGUUAAACAACUGAGUGACAAGUUCCCUAUCGUUCGUGGCCUAAUUGGCUCUAUUAGAAGGAAGAAAUCAAGGGAUACUCUCAUCCUAUCAGCUGUCAUAGCGGCUUGUACGUUGUUUCUUAUUAUAUAUUGGCUUUCAAAGUGAGAAGGAUUAUGUUAUCAUCGCAAACAAUGCUGUAUUCCUUAGAUAUCUUGCCCUAUUUGUUAUAAAAUUUGCGACUUAGAGAGACACAUGCAUGUAUAUAACAAAAGAACCUUGGAUUCGCAGUCUUAUUCAAAUUCAACACAAAAUAAGCAUAAGAGAUGUAUUCAAUCGAUUA